CUCACAGAAAGAAGUAGAGAAGCCUUCACACAGAGCUCUGCAGACGCCUGGACACCUUGAGAGGAUCAGCUUGCUCCGGGCGGCACUUCCUUCUCCUGGGCACAGCAGGAAGGUGGUAAUCAGCUGAGCAAGUCGCCAGCAGCUUCUGCAACCCCAGCCAUCUUCAGAGAGGACACCAUCUUCUAUUGCAUCUGAGAGAAGCAUCCCUGUCACAUACAGGAAAAGAAAAUGGUGUUGCUGUUGUUUUGGGUGUUGGCCCUCCUCUUUCUCUGCGCUUUCCUGUGGAGUUACAAAGGACAGCUGAAGACGGCCGACAUCACUGACAAGUACAUUUUCAUCACUGGCUGUGACACAGGCUUUGGAAACUUGGCAGCCAGAACUUUCGAUAAGAAGGGGUUCCAGGUCAUCGCUGCCUGCCUGACGGAGUCAGGAGCAGCUGCUUUGAAGGCCAAAACCUCAGAGAGACUUCACACAGUGCUUCUGGACGUCACCGACCCAGAGAAUGUCAAGAAGACUGCCCAGUGGGUGAAGAGCCAUGUAGGGGAAAAAGGUCUCUGGGGGCUGAUCAACAAUGCUGGUGUCCUCGGCGUGCUGGCGCCCACCGACUGGCUGACCGUGAAUGACUACAGAGAACCCAUCGAAGUGAAUCUGUUCGGACUCAUCGACGUGACACUGAAUAUGCUGCCCCUGGUCAAAAAAGCUCGAGGCCGCGUUAUCAAUGUCUCCAGUAUCGGAGGCCGGCUUGCUUUCGGUGGAGGGGGCUACACUCCCUCCAAAUAUGCAGUGGAAGGUUUCAACGACAGCUUAAGGCGGGACAUGAAAGCUUUCGGUGUGCAUGUCUCAUGCAUUGAACCAGGACUGUUCAAAACGGAACUGGCAGACCCAAUAAAGACAACUGAAAAAAAGCUGGCCAUCUGGAAACAUCUGUCUCCAGACGUCAAACAACAAUAUGGAGAAGGCUACAUCGAAAAAAGUCUACACAAACUGAAAAGAAACACGUCCUCUGUGAACUUGGACCUCUCUCUAGUGGUAGAGUGCAUGGACCACGCUCUAACGAGCGUCUUCCCCAAGACUCGUUAUAUCGCCGGAAAAGAUGCCAAGACCUUUUGGAUACCUCUGUCUCACAUGCCAGCCAUUUUACAAGACUUCUUAUUGCUGAAACAGAAAGUGGAGCUGGCAAAUCCCAAAGCAGUGUGACUCAAUGGACGACAAACACCCACCCCAGGCUCUGAGGUUGACUGAUUUCAAAGACUUAUCAUCUCAAUCUCAGUCUUCACCAGACCUAACGUGGACUCAUUUAGACCAUGUUUCUGUUUAUAAAAGAAGGAGUUCCAGGGUCCCUUGAGUCUUCUUUGAAAAUAAGGACAGAGAAGACCUACCACACAAGCCAGUCUUGCCUGAUACUGAAGCCUUGCCUGAAUGGUAGGAUGAAAGGGUAACAGAAAGACUUCUCCCUCCAAAUGGUGUGUGCUGCUGCCUGCCCCUUGCCGGUUCACUAAUCCAGAGUGCUAAGCACUGUGUUUUAUCAAAAUGUUAAGCAAUAAGAAGUCUUUCAUAAGCGUGCCUGGUGGCUCUGGUAUCUCACUGAGAAGAAGACUCGGGCUGGAACUCACUAGGUUCUUUUAAGCUUUGAAAGGAACAAGAAAGUGAUAAAGCACGCUGUCACACAGAGCACUGGGAUGAACAAGAGGCCAUGAGAAACAGAGGGAAGAAAUAGAAGGACAGAAAAAGACAGGGAAGGAAAUGCAAGGCAGGGAGACUCCAACAUGAGCUAGACACUCCAGAGGGACAGACACAGAGUAUGCACCACCGCCACUGUGAAGUCAUCCCAUCUGAUCUGUUACAGUCAGCCACAUCAUGGCAGAAGUUCACCAGCUCUGUUGGCCAGGGUCUUGGCUCCAUUUCACAGCUUCAGACUCUAUGGCUUGCCGCCCUUUGACUUUUCAGAUGUCCCAAGGCUGCCAAGAUUUUGCCAUACUGGUCCAAUUGUUCAACCUUCUAAUUCUGUCUUUGUUUUGCCUUUUCCUGAGACAAUUUUUAUUUUUCUUAUUCCUUUAAGUAGCUCCAAUUGGCUGUUUGUUCCGACCAUAAAAUAAGUGACAUGCAGUCUACCAUUAAGAUCAA